AUGAGCCUACUACCCCUCAUAGAACCCUCCCUCUACAAUUGGCGCCCCUCCACUAAGACACCAAACUUAUAUCUCCGUCGUGCACUCGGCGCCGAAACAAGAUGGGCUCGUCAGGCACCUGGACCGCGGCAAAUGUUCUUGAGUGGGAGGUUUACCCUUACUGGUCCCUGCUCCACUUUGUCCCUUGAGUCAUUUGGCAAUGCGGCGGAGCAUGCGUGGUUGAGAGUCCGAUGCGAGUUUCCGGAAGUCGUGCUGAGACCUAGUAGUGAGCAAGGAGAAGAUGGGAGUAUUUUGCUAGAGCUGAAGAUUCCAGGGUCUGAUGGAGAGGCUAGGGAGUGGAUGAGGAGGUCGCUCUUCUUCGGGACUUGUGAAGAGAGUAACAGCGCGGAGGAGGAGAUGAGGCAAGCUGUGAUUACGCACCCGGUUUGUGUGCGCUUGACUGCAAGAGUAGAUCAGGAGGGCAAGGUGGCUGGAGCUGAGUUUGCGUUUCGAGUCGAUCAUAUGACUGCAGAUGGUGUUGGGGCAUAUAUCUUGGCGGGAUGCUACUUUGAGUUUCUAGCACAUGCCGUGAGCGGAAGGGAAGCGACCCUCGAUUGGGAAGCAUUAAAGGGGAAACUCCCAAUGCCGUGGGUGGGCAUGAUGAACAGUGAACAAAGGACUGAGGGAAAGGAAUUCGAAGAGGGUGUGAAGAACCUCACCAAUCUGGUGAUGGAGGCGAGCAAGAGCGAAUGGGGAAUGGAAGUUGUUUCCAGGGACGGAUACAUGCCGAAAGCUAUUCAUAAGCGAUUCUCGGUCGAAGAUAGUGACGCUAUAUUGCUUGGUGUAAGAAAUAAGUUAGGAAAAGCAUGCUCUGUCACUCAUCUUGGCCACGCGGCCAUGGUGAUGACGAUGCUCAAAUUCAAACCAGUCUCAGAAAGGCCGACGCACGGUGAUCAUUUGGUAUCUCCGCUGUUCAUCAAUGGACGAAGGUAUCUUGAUCAAGGUGUUCCAGGAUCACACAGUCACAUCUCCUUGUGCAGAGCUUUUAGUGCGAUUGAGUUCCGGGAUGUUGAGAGUUACAUUCUCUCGGACAACGCCAGCAGGGAAGAAGUCCAGGGGAAGCUGAGAUUAGCGUGCGCAGAGGCUUUCAGAUCGUAUCAAGCGGUCCGGGACCAGAAGUCGGUACUCACUGAAUCACUUUCCGUGGCCGAGCAUAUGGCGAGGGCGAAGACCAAGAAAGCCUUCAAAGGCAAAUGGACGGCUGAUGCUUUCUUCUUGAGUGAUGGACUCAUCGAAACACACAUCUCCAACUCAUAUUGUGACCAGACGCGAACCCAUAAGGUCUUGGAAGUCGAUGACGUGCAAUUUACGGCCAGCCCAGAUGGGCCACCAUUGGUCAUACGUAUGAGCACAUUCAGACAAGCCAUCAAUCUGUCAGCCGAAUGGAAUGGAGCACAGCAUGUGGACGAGGAUAUUCGGAGGUUCUUGGAAAAUGUUGCGGAGCUUAUGCUGAGCUUGAUAAGAGACUAA